CUUCAUCGGCUCCCCUCCUCCCUGUUGCAUUGUGGGUACUGUAGUUCUAACCGCACCGCUUGAAAUGUCGGAACUACGGCUCCCAGCAUGCUGUGUGCCUCUGAGAUUGCGCUUCCAGGUCAGCGCGGCUCCAGUCUGUUCCUGCCCGAGAGAGAGAGCUGGCAGCGGGGCACACGAGGUGGGCAAUCCGGUAUCGGGGCUCGUUGUUUUUCGCUGUGAAGGGCCCCUCGGUGGGUCAUGUGACUGCCAGCCGGGAAGGGUGCUGUCCCCCGUGGCUAGCCUCUCUCGUGGAACUGUUGCCACUAAAGCCUCCUACAUAGGGAACCAACUCCUGAGCCUUCCUGUGAGACUUGAUAUUGUGAAAUCCCAGUUUCCUGCUCUCCAUUUGAGCUCAUGAAUGUGGAUCUGACUUAACAAGAGUAACAAGGAGGCCCGGGCGCUACCAUGGAGCUAGAGCAGGGCAUCGACGUUGGCGCAGAAGUCGAGCUGAAGGAUGGGAAUGUUCCUUUGGAUGAGUCCGUUUCAUUAAGGCUGGAAAAUAAGCAGGACUUGCCAGCUUGGCACAGUUUACAGUUUUUCGAUGAAUCGAGUAGUGAUGGGAGCUUGGAUGGUGAUGCUGUUGUUUCCUCAUCCUCUGAUGACGAGAAUCCAGAAGUAGAAUUUAUAGAACCUGCAGUCCAAAUCAAGAGCGAGGAACAAGUGAAUCAGAAGAUAGAACAUAUUUCCAUUUCUGAAGAACCACAACCAGGACUGCACACUGAUAACCCACCGAUUGAGGAUCAGGCGGUGCUUUGGAGCAAUGAAUGUGUUCAGGAGCAAGUCUUUCCUUUCGUGGAAGAACUAGUUAUAGCAGAAAUGACUACAGAAGAAAAUCCAGAGUUGGGCCCUUCCUCUGUUUCCCACCAACCAUCUUCCAGUGUUAAUGUUGACGAUGCCUCCUCAGAAAUGUUCUCCCAAAAAGAAGAAAUUGACUCCUGUGUAGAUAGUAACACUUUCUGUAGCGUAGACACGAGCAAAAAGAGCCCCGGAAAGCUGUCUAUUAAGAACCACAACUGUCCAAGAUGUGGGCGCCAAUUUAGAAGGUUUUCUGAUUUAGAAAAACAUUUUUGCUUGAAAAUGGUGGAUUUCCUCAAAAAAAGUGUCAGCAAGGGAGGUUACAAAAAGACCUCCGACUAUGAUUCAGAAAGGAUGUUAGAGCAGGUGUGUGAAAAGGCGCAGAGGGAGCUUAAGAUAGCGCAGGAUAUGAACGAGGAAGAGAUUCGUACGUUUAUUUUAGGGGACACGCUAGACAAUUCAUCAGACAGUGAGAAAGGCUAUUCAGCUGACAAGGUGACGCCAUCAAAGGGCAAAUCAAAUAAGCAGACAAUGCCCCUUCAGUUUAACUGUGACAAAUGUGGGCGCCAGUUUGGAAGACUUAGAAACAUAGCCAAGCAUACAUGUUGGGGCAAAGACCCCAAUUUAGCCAACCUGCCGACUGGCAAAGCAGGCUCAACAGAACACGUACCAAAAGGGAAACAGGCCAGCAGCGGCGACACAGAUCAAAGGCCCUCAACGUCACAAGGCCAGGCAAGUAAGACGCCUCAGAGGACACCUACAGGAAAAAUCAUAAACAACAAUUAUCCCCCUGGCACUGCCAAUAAAUCCUACACUUGCCAGCAAUGCGGACGAGUGUUCGAACGAAGCUGUGCAUUUUCCACCCACAUUCGUUGGCAUUUAAAAGAGUCAGAGCUGGAACUUCGUGCCAAAAUCCACGACCAAAAAGUUAAUCUAGCAAAAAAAGCAAUUGCGAGUGAGGGUGGAUCGUGGCAAACAAUGAAAAAGCCAGUCAUCGGGUUUGAAGAUGUAGAUUUGCCUUUCUCCUGUGACGAAUGUGGCCGUUGCUUCAGACACAAGGGCAACUUGGUUAAACAUCUAAACUGGCAUAUGAGCCAUAACUUCCAUGUUGCAGCCAUGAAGGAGAAGAACUUCGGAUUGGGCCUCUAUCCGCCUGAGCCGUAUUUUCCAGAUCUCCAGUACACCCCAGAUAUGUUGGCUAGAAUGCAAGAGGAGGAUGAAAAUGUCAUCGGUGAGGAUGAAAUUAUCCAUCAUUUUAUCGAUGAAGACUUUGUCCGGUCAUCUGAUCCCAAAAAAACAACCCGGGAAAAACAGCGGGGCCGUUCUGCCGCUGGAAAGGGAGACGCCCAGAAGUCUCUACCACGAUCCAUGCCACAUGCAUUCAUGCUACGAUUUUCCAAAAGGCCGAAGCCACCUCACAAAUGUCCAGACUGUGGUGUGCGCUUCUUCCGGCUUUCGCAGCUCAAGAAGCAUCAGCAGAGGGCCUCCGGACGCAAAGUUACCGCCAAGAGAAAGCACAAGUGCGAUUGUGGCAAAUCAACUGUAGGGUCCCUGCAUUUCCUACGGCACCAACUUCAGCACUUGAGUGACACUGGAUUCAUCUGUGAAAUGUGUGGGCAGGCCUUGUGCGGGUACCACCAACUCCGUGCACACAGCUGGAUCCACCCUCUCGUGUCACGUUUCCAGUGCAGCUGCGGGGCAAAGUUUUCUCAGCUCCCCAGAUAUUUAUGGCACUCCUUGGUGAACAAUACAGAUAUCAAAAAGAAAGAAAAGAAGAACAAAAAGAAAAUAAAAAGGGGCAAAAAGCAGAGAAAGACUCGCGCAUAGGGUGCUUUUUGGGUUUUUUUGUUGUUUCUUUUUUUUCUUAUGUAAUUUUUUUUUUAUUUAGUGUUUUUUGUAAUGUUGGUUACCUUGGCCACACCAGUCAUUUUCUAUGUAGGAUAUCCAUAGCGUCAUUCUCACUGGUUGGGUUACUGGUCUUAACUUUCUCCAAGCACUUCUACUCAUGUCCAACUGCAGAUGCUAUAAAGCACGGGACACGAUUUCUUUCACGUUUCAGUAAAUAAGUAUCUUUUACUAAUAAACCUGAACUAAAGUAACUCUCAUGAAACUGAUUGAGCCAACGUUCUGCUGCCUCAUAAAACGGAGGAUUCUACUUUUUAAUGAGAUCGAUCUUCGUUCUUUGAGAGGAUACUGUACUCUACAUUGAUAGAUUUCCUCAGAAUUUUAAUAAUGUAGAGAUGGGUCAACUCUGGGCACUGCCACUCCAAGCAUCUCUUCUUUCCAGUAGGUGUGGCUGGGGUAUUGUGGCACUUUGUGUUCUUUGGCAUGAAAGUUGCAUUCGUGUCCACCUAACAUCAACGGUUCAAGAGUUCUUCGAUCGGUGGGAAUUACAUUCCCAGACCAGCAAGUUUCAAGUGACUGAAGAAUGUGAAUGAAUGGCAGAUAUUUUUAAAUAGAAUAAUACUAUAAACUUUGCAGAUCCUAAAUUAUUCAUCCAUGCAUUGUGAUAGUGAGAGUCAACUUUGAAACAUGCUUUACUUUGAAGAUUAAAAUUGAUGAAAUACAUUUUUAUAGAUGCUUUGCUGAAUUAGAAAGCUUUUUUACCAUGCAACUUCAGGUCUAUGCUUAAUUGCAGUCAUUGUGUAAGAUAACAUCUUCCUUUUUACCAUCUAAUAAAUUAAUUAAUUGGGUUUUAGUCUGACAGACAUCGCAGUAGCUUCUAGUGAGCUAUUCUCUGACAAACCUCCAGUGUAUGACUUUGAGAGGAACAUGCUCCUAGGCAGAUGUAAUAUUUUCCCAUGGGCGUAAAUACCGACUCUGAGGCCAGACAGCUAAUGUGUAAGUAGUCUUAUUCCCUACCUGUAUAGACAAAGAAAAAACAUACUUGUGACCAGUAACUUUAAACAUGUGUCUCUCCAGAUACAAACUUGUGAGAGCUACAUCUCUUGGAUAGACACUUAUCCCAUAUCUAUCAUCAUUUACGACACUAGGUACCAGUGCUGUGCGCACUAAUGGGUGCAAAACUGUAGCCAUCAGCAUUCAAUGCACAUCAGGCAGAUGCAGAGCUCUGUACUUAAUGCCUUGAUCUGGUGUUUAAGCCAGGCCUCCAAGUGUAGCUUGUGCCUGCUGGUACUUCUGGUGUGUGAUCUGCAACCCCCAGAUCCCCCAGGAUUGGUUAUUGGCACAGCCCCUGUCCUGCUGUCUUAUUAGUUUAUGUCAUGCUUGAAGGCAGAACCUGAUAGGCUGGAGCACACUUUAUAUUUGUCCUUAGACCAGGGAUCCCCAACCUUUCUUACUCGUGGGCCACAGUCAAA